CAAAAGCAGUCAAAGAUACUUAUUUAUCGUACAAAAUGUGGGCCUUCUUGGUGCUCACUCUUGCCCUCACUGUUAGGGCAUCAGACACCAACGACACAGCGGUUGAAGAAAAGCUUGUUAUAGCCAGAGGUAAACUGCUGGCUCCCAGUGUGGUCGGAUGAGGCAUAAAGAAAAUGCCCGAGCUCCAUCAUUUUCUCCUGGAGCGCUGGGCUUUGUACCACAACUUGGAAUACGAUUCAUCGGAGGAGAAGAAUCCGCGUCUGAUAUUCUAUAACGAAAAGGACGAGGUUGUAAAGACUGUUCCUGUGAAGAAAAUGAAGGCAGACGAGAUCAGCAGCCUGUUAGACUCACUUGGUUUCUACAAGAGGUCCCAGAAAGGGGAAGAGGUGCCAGAGGAGUUCCAGCAUUUCCCCCUGCAAACCCCCAGGGACGAGCUGUGACGACACCUUGUGGCCAAACUCUGCCGCUGCACCCCAGCCACAUUAAUGAUGAGUGGGGCCCCAGGGCCAAAACGAUAAGCCAGGCACCAUUCUGAGGACUCGUUGGCCGGGUGCCGCAUGCAGAGUGUUAGUCAUUGCUGUGUCACUCUGUUUAUAUGUUGAAUUUAAUAAAUCAGUCAAUAAA